UGAAGGAUUGCCUUGGGCCACUAUGACUUAUAAAGUGCAACUCGGCCGGCGACAAGAGUUCAACGAUAUUUCCUACGGAUCGGCACUUUGAUGUAUGUGGCUUGAUGAGUCUGUCUUGACGAGUCCACUAUGGACUUUCUCAAUGUCUGGCGUAGCGAUGAUCGUUCUACCGGUUGGAGGCAGGCCGCUAAGGUCAACAGCAUCGUUCUCGCAACUAUGUCGAUAACUCUCAUAGGCUUUCUCAUUGCCGCUGCGACCAAAAAUGGAUUCGACAAAGCAGUGUUCUUUUAUGAUGGUAGUUGCGACGGAGGGAGUGUGGCUAUAGUCAAUAUGGCCCUCCAUUUACUGAUCAACGUCGUCUCAACCCUAGUGGUACCAUCGAGCAACUUUUUCAUGCAAGUUUUGAACUCGCCCUCAAGGCAAGAAUUGAACGCGGCUCAUUUUAAAGGCUCCUGGAUGGGAAUUGGUAUACCGUCAGUUAGAAACGCCUUCAGAGUGUCCCGGUUCAAGACUUUAUGUUGGGUCUGUCUACUUCUCAGCUCGAUCCCACUUCAUCUACUAUUCAACUCUACUGUCUUCCAGACCGAUCGGAGAGAUUCUGAUUACCAUAUGACUAUCGCUACUGAGAAGUUUAUAAACGGGGGGUCCUAUUAUGCGCCAGGGGCGGGCUUAGUACAGGGUGGAUUUAUAUACUGGCUCACCUACAGCAUGCCCACGUCCCUUGCAGAGCCGCAAUGGUUUCCCUACCUGGGUCAAUUAGCGGCCACCACUUAUGGCGCACCUGUCAACCUUACAGACUAUGCAGAUACCAAGUCCGAGGUCAUGAAAAAUAUAUCCGCCAUCGCCUCGGCCGCCAGUGGGUGGGAUAGGCUCGAUGUAAGCCAGUGUAAGCAGGAGUACAUCAGCUGCACCGGGCUGAAAAAGCACCGCAAUGUAGUCCUUGUCGUCGAUAAUGAUGGCUGGAAACGAAACGACAUCUGGCAUCUCCGGGAGAACCAAACCCAGUUGUGGGAUCAAUACGUUCCUGCGAAUCAGUCAAACCAUUUAUUUUAUGAUGCUCAAUGCAUGAUGUACGCCCAACGCAGAUAUGAUACCUCGACUAGUUGUGUCAGUAACUGUAUCGCGGCAUUCGGGGUUGAUAAUUCUCAACAAAAUUUUGAUGUUAAUGCAUUUGUUGCUAAUUCGGAUUGGCAAUACCCUUUCUUCAAUAACAGAACCAAGCGUCUAGUCAACGGGACUACCUCUAUCAACUCUGAAUCAACCAGUGAUAACAUAUAUACAUCCGCCCAAAACUACGGUAGUACUAUCACAUCGGGACUUCAGCCUGGUACGUUCAAUAUCGCAGUAAAAUACUGCCUUGCACAGCCUGUCGACCGAGUUUGCCACAUCGGCCUUUCGCCAAAACUCUUGUUAGCAGUCACCAUGUGUGUGAUCUUCAAGACCUUCACCGCAGUCACGGUUACCAUUGUUUUAAGCCGGCGUAAUCAGCCGCCUUUAGUCACCUUAGGAGACGUCAUAGAAUCUUUCCUCGAAAAGCCGGAUCGUGUUACAGUCGGCAUGUCAACGGUAGGGCAAAAUCAAAUCCGGAGAGCUAUGUCACGGAGGAAGGCCUUCAUCGUUCCAGGACCGAGACAAUGGGAGUCGUUACGAAAAGUGCGAGCAUCGGUUAUUCCCGUAUCCGUGUGGCUAACGAGCUAUGCACUUUUUAUAAUCAGUAUCUCCAUUUGUGCCUAUUUCUACAACAGCAUCGUUGAAAAUAAUAACCUUUUCGGUUCGUUCUUCGAGAGCGAGGAGAAUGCAUUCAUCGAUAUCCCGACCACGUUUGUGGGUGGCGUUUUACUUGCUAACAGUCCGCAACUUUUGCUUUCGUUCUGUUACCUGGCUUAUAACAACCUAUUUACCCGCUUACAAAUGGCUCGGGAAUGGUCACUCUAUAGUGAAGGAUAUCACCCGUUGAGAGUGACGGACCCCAAGGGCGACCAAUACUCUACAUAUCGGCUUCAACUGCCAUAUAAAUACAGCAUCCCCCUCAUACUGAUUAGUAUAUUUCUCCAUUGGUUGCUUUCGAACACCAUAUAUCUCUUUAUAUCAACCGGAGGUUAUUUCGGUAGCGAUUUCGUAUCCGGGGGCCUGAACGAUCCAAGCCUGCCAGCCAACACCGCCAUCGCUGUUGGAUAUUCAGGCUAUUCCCUCCUAGGACUAAUAAUUGUCGCAUGCGUACUAAUCACAGUUCCUUUCUUCCUAAGUUGGAAAAGGCUCCCAUCAAACAUGGUGAACAUCGGAAGCAACUCGCUCGCACUGUCCGCCGCGUGCCAUCCCUCGAUCAUGUCACAUGCCGUUAAGAGUCACACGGACUCGCUGAUAACAGAUUCUCCUGCAAUAUCUACAUUCGACCUCCCAGAAACUCCGCAGCCGCUGAAGCAGUCGUAUACACCGGUUCCAAGCGGUGAUGUCUAUGAUGAGAGUCCUAGGGAAGAUGGUUUCGAGAUGAAGAAAUACAGACCAGCCUCCGUGACCACGAUGAAUCAGUCAUCAUAUCUAUCCCUGUCAUCGAGACAACUGCUUCCAGAUCGCAGCAGCGAGGAUGGCGAAGACACGGGCUAUAAAGGAGAUUGCGAGCAGCAGAACGGACCAUUCACAAAGCUCGCCAGAAGCAAGCUACGCUGGGGCAUCGUGAAGAUGCCCCCCGAGUGGCACGUCGAGAACGAUAACGAAGCAGGCCGCGUCGAACACCUUAGCUUCGGCGUCAAAGAAGACGACGUCCAACCCCCGGAACCCGGCGAGUGCUAUGCGUGAAAAGCGCGCGAUACAACAGGGUCUUACCUUGACGGACAGAUUGCUCAAAGCUUACGGCCUUAGACUCUGUAUUCCGUUUACCCGUCCGCGGAACGCGGGCAUACGGCUAGGUAUGGGGAUAU